CCACCAAUGGCAGAGAGCGACGCAAGUUUAGCGGGGGAUUCGGUCCCCGUUUUCAGAGGAUCUGUUCGCGGGAAACACGACCAUCGGCAGCGGCGGCAGCAGUAGUGGAAGAAAGGAAAAAUACCACCAGCUUACUUUUCAAUACUGUUAAAAAUCACUUCGGAUCGUCUUCCUCUGGAGUGCAGGGAUGCUUUUCCGCUCUAUUGUUGACAGAGGAGUGGGCAGACGAAGGCAGAAUGAUCCUUGGCCCCGGUAUCCUCUGAGUUCUCUUCUGCAGGACUACCAGUGUGUUCGACACGAUGAGCACAUCUCCUACGGGAACCUGGGGGACUCUGUGCCACCGUUUGGAUUAGCUUUCUCCUCUGCCGGGGACCUGCAGAAUGUCCUCGCAGCAGCCAAUGAAGAAGGCAUUGUUAGGAUCUACAACACAGAGAGCCGGGAAACCCCACUUCUUAAAGAAUGGCUGGCUCAUGAGAACGCAGUGUUUGACAUUGCCUGGGUACCGGGGGAGUCUCAACUGGUGACUGCUGCAGGUGAUCAGAUGGCCAGGUUGUGGGAUGUAAAGUCAGGAGACAUGCUGGGCAGCUUCAAGGGCCACCUCUGCAGCCUCAAGUCUGUUGCCUUCACACCUCAGGAGAAAGCUGUGUUCUGUACUGGAGCCAGAGAUGGUAAUAUUAUGGUCUGGGACACCAGGUGCAGCAAAAAAGAUGGUUUCUACAGACAAGUGAAACAAAUCAGUGGCGCUCACAACAAAGCAGAGACAAACCCUCCCGCUAAAACGAAGAAGAGACGAAGCAGCACGCGUGGCAUGGCUCCCAGCGUGGAUACCCAGCAGAGCGUCACAGUGGUCUUGUUUCAGGAUCAGCACACCCUCAUCUCCUCUGGGGCUGUUGAUGGCGUGAUCAAAAUGUGGGACCUGAGAAAGAACUACAGCGCACACCGUCUGGAUCCUGUUCCACUGCAGACGUACCCCUACCCGGGUUCUUGCAUGCGCAUGCGACUGGGUUAUUCCGGACUUGUUCUGGACUCCACAAGAUCCAAUGUCAUGUGUAACUGCACUGACGAUAGUAUAUACAUGUUCAACGUCAGUGGAAUAAAAACGACUCCAGUGGCAGUUUUCAGUGGUCACCAGAACUCCUCUUUUUAUAUAAAGUCCACUGUUAGCCCAGAUGACCAGUUCUUGGCCAGCGGCUCAAGUGACAAUCACACAUACAUCUGGAGGAUCUCUGAUCCUCAACAUCCUCCCAUGAUGCUUCAAGGCCAUAGUGAGGAAGUGACAAGUGUUGCAUGGUGCCCAACAGAUUUCACUAAGAUUGCUUCCUGUUCGGAUGACCACACUGUACGGAUCUGGAGGCUUCACCGGGAAAUGGAUGGAGCACAGUCUGCAGUGGGAGAAGCCAACCUUGUGGGCUGGUCACGUCCUAAAUCUCCCACAAGCCCUUCAGUCAGAGCUGAGACAACUCCUGCCAAGACCCAGAGGACAGAGAGUCUUGGGGGCCUGGCCUCACCCCAGCUAGCUGUCUGUGCUCCCAGUGGAGCUGCCUUGCCUCUGUCCUCCAGCACCACUUCACCUAUCCAGUCUCGGGACGCAAAGCCUGCCGCUGUUCGCCAGAGAACACCAUCCUCUAUCAAACAAUGGUUAUCUCCGAGCCACGGAUCUCCUGGUCAGGUCAGCGCUCCUGUCCGCCGGGUGCUGAGCCCGUGUCCCCAGGGCCUGGCGAGCAGCACCUCUCCCACUGAGCGACGGGCCAAACGCAGGCUGGAGACCGGUGACGGCGCGUCUGCAGGCUGCGAGACUCCGGAACAAUGUGACUGUGUUACUGAACUUUACCCUGCGGCCAAGAGAAGCCGGGCCCUGUCUGGUAUCUGCUGCCCUGCUCCGGAAAGCCGGGUACAAACAGACUGUCACACGGAGGACAAGCAGGUCUCAUCUAGACAGAGUGGCAAGGAGAAUUACUCUCCCAGAGGAAAGGACUGGCUGUCUGUGAUGGGCCAAAACAUGAAGAGAGGUCAAGGAAGCCCGAGUACUCCCAGAAGUCCCAGUGCCUCAAAGAAACAAGAAUGCAAAACACCAGCUUCACCGACACUCCGCUCACCGCAAACCAUGAAGAAAAUCUCCACGUAUUUCACGAGACAGCCUCUUGAGUGACCUGCUUGAGCCAAUCAAAUGUUCUGCACUUCUGUUUAACAUGCUGUGUUUUUAUUUUGGGUAUUUUUAAACAGGACCUCUAAGAAAACACUGACUUAUGUCAAGGUUACAUAAUUACAUGAACUCUGGCUGCAAAGCGAUUUGACAGAGUCAUUCUGAACAUUUGAUGCUGCAGUUUUCACAUGCAGAGAAGCUUCUUCUUUUUUUUUUUUUUUUCCUUAAUCGGUUCACAAGUUUCUGCAUUUGCCUCAUACACAAUUUUCUUUUGCUGUGCUGAAUUACUCUGGUUGAGAAAUCAGGUUGAAUUUUGCAGAGUAAAACUUUAACAGAUGCAUUACCAUUCAAUACAAAGGGCCCAUGUGUAAUAAAGUUGUUCAGGAAGUUAGCCAGGUAGUAAAAUAUUUGUCCACAGGUGUGGACCUCUUAAAUUCUGCUUUGAAAAAAAAAAAAAAAAAAAAUUACCAUUUGUUUGCUUUACAUGUUCGCGCCCUUUUAUGAACUUCACUAAGAUUUAAACUGUAAGCUGGUCACAGAUCAGUAUGUAAACAAUACGUUUCUAAAGAAGCCAUUUAUUUCCUCAGCUCCUUGUGGAUUUUUCCAUGGGUUUUGAAAUUUUUUCUGCCAGUGU